CGCCGUCGCCGUCGUCCGGAGGAUCGAAUGCCAGAGGAGUUAGCAUGGCAGAAGAAGAAAUUAGUGGAGAAGACUAUCCAACAGAAAUUCAUGACUAUCUGUCAACAUUUGAUAAUUCCCUUCGUUCUGUGGAUGAAAUGCUAAAGACUAUGAUGUCAGUUUCUAGAAAUGAGUUAUUACAAAAGUUGGACCCACUUGAACAGGCCAAGUUGGAUUUAGUUUCUGCUUAUACAUUGAAUUCAAUGUUUUGGGUUUACUUGGCCACUCAAGGAGUUAAUCCCAAGGAACAUCCAGUAAAGCAAGAAAUAGAUAGAAUAAGAAUAUAUAUAAACAGAGUCAAAGAAAUUACAGACAAGAAAAUGGCUGCCAAAUUGGAUAAAGGAGCUGCUUCAAGAUUUGUAAGGAAUGCCCUUUGGGAAGCCAAAACAGAAAAAGGAUCAAAGUCUUCAAAUAAAGGAAAAAGGAAAAAGUGAAUUUUUGUUUUUGUUUGGUCAUUAUUUAGAAAUAUUCCAUAUUAACUGUUGGCCUAUCCCUUCAAAAAUAGGCAGAAAAUGGAAGAAGAUUUUAUUGAAUUUCAACUAGAUUUUAAUAUUUGUUGGUAUGACAUUUUUCUUGGAUUUGUUUCAUAAUGUGUUCCCUUCAAUAUUUUAAUUGAUUUUUCUAGUUCUUAAAAAUUUUAAAUUUCAUAUCCAUAUUUUGCUAAGUACUAAUCUGUAAAUUAUUAUGUUUCAGCUCAGUCUUUUUUGUAAACAUAUUUGUUAUUAUACUGCCCUUAUGAAUUAGAGGAAUUCUGCAAGUGAAAUUCAGUGUUAUUAGUAUAUCUGUUUAUAAUAUAUUGUGUUAAAAAAAGGAUAAAGUGACUUAAUAUUUCUUUAUAGCACAAAUACUACCUUUUUUGUUUUUAAAAAUCAUUGAUAAUUUAAAAAUUAAUAAUUUAAAUAUGAUAUUAAAGCUUAAAAGGUCAUAUAUAGCUUACAAUUAUUUGUCUACAAUGUCCAUUUAAAAGUAAAUGAAAAUGUUAUUUAAGAAUUGAGAUUGCAUCCUGAGGGACUAGGUUUUGAGUAAAGAAUCAGAAAUUCUUUGACCGAAAGAAUCCCAUAUAUUUAUUUUCAUCACCCUCCUUUUACCAGUGAAAAUUGUAGCCCAGAAGUGUCUUGUUCCCAUUCUCUCACUCUAAAAGCUAAGGCUGUUAUCUUUAUUGUUUCAAUAACUCUUCUGAAUAGGUUUUUUUCAGUUGAUUCACAAGAUAGUCAUCCUGUUCAUAGAAACUGUAUUGUAGAGGUUCCUGUGAAUCAUUAACCAUAAUUAUUUGUUCUUGAUUCAGAAUAUUUAGGCAGCUAUUUAAGCUUUCUCUUUUUAAAGUGCUUUGUCUAUUCUUUCAGUUGUAUUUUCUUAGAUUACAUUAUGAUAAUACUUGCAAGUAUCUGUGUCAAGUAUAAUCUAAACCAGAGAGGUUAUAGCAGCCUUAUAAUUUGUCUCAUUUUGGUGGAACAUUUAUUAGUGAUAGUUCUGUAUUGAACUUUUCAAUAUUUCAUGAACUUUAAGCCCAUGAACUUUGACUGUAUAUUUCCAAUUAAUGCAAAUGUAAAAAAACCCAUGCCAUCACAUAGAGAUAUGCCAAGAACAGUAAAAUAUUUUAAUUUUUGAGAAAGAAGAUGAUAUGAUUUCUGUGUGAUUAAUUCUCCAUAUGUAACCUUGAAUAAAUGGAUUUCUUGAUUUAUAGAAACAGGUAUUGGAAAUGGUCUUAAAAUGUAAUGGAUUUUGUAAAGCAUUUUGGGCUCUUUCUAUGACACGUGAUGAGAAAAGCAUUGAUGGAGGCACAAAUUCUGUUCUGGCUAUAAUGUCAGAUAAUUUGAAGAGUGGAAGAACAUUUAUAACUGCUGCAUUCUCCACUUGCAGCCUCUAAAAUAAAAUUAUUUUCUUUAAUUUUGUGAUAAUUAUUAUCAAAUUAAAUGUAGUAUAUGUUUUUAUGUUGUCUAUAGCUGUUAUGUAAUGGUUAUUUCUGAAUAUUUCCUAAUUUUUAAAAUAAAAAUAAAGGAAAUUAUUUGUCAUAAAAAAAAAA